AUGAAAUUUGGAAAAACCCUUCAAGCGGAAGCUGUACUCGAAUGGACCACACAAUACGUAGAUUACAAAGGCUUGAAAGGAAAGUUGAAAGCUGUUAAAAAGUCAAGAUAUAAUGAUGAAAUUGGGUCAUCUUCUGCAACUUUAAGAAAUAGCAAUGAAAUUCAGUCAAUCAAUACAAAGGAAGAUAAUGUGCCAAGGCGAUUUUCGGCAUCUUCCCAAUACGCAUUGAGUAUGGCUGAAAGUACCGGUUCAUUUUUCGACAAAGUAUCCACGAAACUGGUAGGCUGGAAGAGCAAUAGAGCAAGUUUCACUCCUUCAAAACAUAAACCACCACCAACCGUAUUAACAUCACUUGAACAAUUAAUUGAACAAUCUAAUCCCGCCGAACAUGCUUUUUUCUCAGCAUUAAACCUAGAAAUAACUAAAACCACUCUUUUUUAUGAAUUAAAGGAAAAAGAAGCAAUGAACAGACUCGAAAAUUUGAAAGUUAAGGACGCAAGAAAAAGAAUAAAAAAAGCAUUAUUCGAAUUAUACAGAGGUGCAGAAUUACUAAGAAAUUAUCGAAAUCUUAAUCGUCUAGCAUUCAUUAAAAUUUUAAAAAAAUUUGAUAAGAUUAGAAACUCAAAUGCCAAAGGUUCACGAAGGCGUGCCGUAAAAAAGCUCCGAACGCCUUAUAAAACAAAUGAAACGCAUUAUUCUUCCGUAUGGAGAGUCGGAUUAUGUUUAGGAAUAGCAAUCCCUUUAUUUUUAUAUGUAAUUUCUCUUGCUUUGGCUAAAAGUCAAAUAAUUUAUUUACGAUUCGCAAACCUCGUAGACAAAUCGAAUCCAAGCAAUGAUACACUUGAUUCAAUAAUAAAUCCUAAAAAGCUAGAAAGGAUUAAAGAUCUUGAAUAUAAUAGGACCAAUUUAUUAAUAAUAUAUUCUGGAAUUGGUUUAAUAAUAAAAUUAACACUUCUGACAGGUUUAAAUAUGUAUGUUUGGAGUCAAGCACGCAUUAAUUAUAAACUCAUUUUUGGAUUUAAUCCACGUGAUAAUCUUGACUAUAAACAAUAUAUGGAGAUUCCUUCUUUAAUAUUUCUAAUAUUUUGUGUCACGAUGUUUUUGAACUUCGAAAAUCCAAAUCUAUUUAAAAUUGGCGUGGCCAAUUAUUCUAGAGUGAUGUUGGCUUUGAUUAUAUUUAUUAUUGUUAUGCCUUUUAAAAUAUUUUAUUAUAGCGCUAGACGUUGGUUUACUUUGACUACAUUACGAAUUUUUGGAGCUCCAUUUACAAGUGUAAAAUUUCGUGAAUUCUUUAUCACCGAUGAAUUAACCAGUUUAUCAUAUUCUCUCGUGACUUUACUAAUUUUAACAUGUGAUUGUAGCGGUGAUGAGAAGAGAUGCGAUACACAAGUGUGCAAUAGUCAUCUCUCAUAUUAUGCACCAUUUCUUGCAUCUAUUCCUGCUUUAUUACGGGCUCUUCAAUGUACUAGACGUUUCUAUGAUACGCAUAAAAGCGUUCAUUUAACAAAUUUUGGUAAAUACAUGUCAGUCAUUAGCUCUAUUUGGAUGUUGUUUUUAUAUCGUAGAUCAGGUAAUAAAUACAAAACUUUCUGGAUCGUUAGUCAAUCAAUCUACUCAUUAUAUACUUCAUACUGGGAUGUCUGUAUGGAUUGGCAAUUAUUUCAAAAAAAUAAUUUGAAUCCUUUUCUAAGAGAACAUUUAGCAUUUAAAAAAAAAAGGUUUUAUUAUUUUGCCAUUAUAUCUAAUUGUAUUCUUCGAUGGAGUUGGACUCUUAUUCUUUUUGCGAAUAAGAAUUCUAUUAAUAUUAUUAUAUUCGUUAUAGCUUUUGGAGAAAUACGUUGGCAAUGGAAUUUCAUACGUGUAGAACAUGAACAUACACUUAAUUGUAGAGAUUUCCGAGCCAUCAACGAUAUACAAUUACCUUUUGGGAGUUCACAUCCUUCAGAUAAAAUAAUUGGCAACGAUUUGAGCGGAAUAAUUAUAGAUGAUAGUAAUACAGCAACUCCAGUGCGUAAAUCAUUUAAAACCAAUAUACAAAAUUUCUUUACUCAAAUGAGAAGUUCUCGAAAUGUCCAAACAGAAGAAUACGCAAAACAUAAUUAUGUGGAAAAAUAUGUUAACGAAUACGAUGAAGAAGAAGGCAGUGACGAAUAUGAUUAUGAAGAAUAUGAUUAUGAAGAAACUGAUUAUGACGAAAAUGAUUAUGAAGAAAAUGAUAGAGAUGGUGUAAGAGGAAUAUAUGUAAUUGGUAACGAAAAAUAUCCAACCUAUCCUCGUAUUAAUUACGAAAGAAAUUUUGCACCAUCUUCAAUAAUUCACGGUGUAGGAAUUUUGAAAAAGCAAAUAAUAUCACGAAAGAAGCCAAGAAAAGAAAAGACCAAAGCUGGGACAUAA